AUGGCGGCAGCUUCUUCUUCUGGCAGCGACAUUUUUCCAAGCUUCAGUGGGGAAGAUGUUCGCAAGAAUUUCCUCAGCCAUCUUCUUAAGCAGCUCAAUCGCAGAUCAAUCAAUACAUUCAUGGAUCACGUCAUCGAGAGAAGCUGCAUAAUCGCCGAUGCGCUUAUAUCGGCGAUUAGAGAAGCGAGGAUCUCAAUUGUCAUCUUCUCUAAGAACUAUGCUGCUUCCACGUGGUGCUUGAAUGAAUUGGUUGAAAUCGACAAUUGCUCUAAAUAUUUUGGACAAAAGGUGAUACCGGUUUUCUACGACGUUGAUCCUUCUCAUGUUAGAAAACAGAUCGGUGAAUUUGGAAAGGUCUUUAAAAAGACAUGCGAGGACAAACCAGCAGAUCAGAAACAAAGAUGGGUUAAAGCUCUCACAGAUAUAUCAAAUAUUGCCGGGGAGGAUCUUCGGAACGGGCCUAAUGAUGCGCAUAUGGUUGAAAAGAUAGCCAAUGAUGUUUCGAAUAAACUUUUUCAUCCGCCAAAGGGUUUUGGUGACUUAGUCGGAAUUGAAGAUCAUAUAGAGGCAAUAAAAUCAAUACUGUGCUUGGAAUCCAAAGAAGCUAAAAUAAUGGUCGGGAUUUGGGGACAGUCAGGGAUUGGUAAGAGUACCAUAGGAAGAGCUCUUUUCAGUCAACUCUCUAGCCAAUUCCCCCUUCGCGCUUUCGUAACUUACAAAAGCACCAGCGGUAGUGACGUCUCUGGCAUGAAGUUGAGUUGGCAAAAAGAACUUCUCUCGGAAAUCUUAGGUCAAAAGGACAUAAAGAUAGAUCAUUUUGGUGUGGUGGAGCAAAGAUUAAAGCACAAAAAAGUUCUUAUCCUUCUUGAUGAUGUGGAUAAUCUAGAGUUUCUUAAGACCUUAGUGGGAAAAGCUGAAUGGUUUGGAUCUGGAAGCAGAAUAAUUGUGAUCACUCAAGAUAGGCAACUUCUCAAGGCUCAUGAGAUUGACCUUGUAUAUGAGGUGAAGCUGCCAUCUCAAGGUCUUGCUCUUCAGAUGAUAUCCCAAUAUGCUUUUGGGAAAGACUCUCCACCUGAUGAUUUUAAGGCACUAGCAUUUGAAGUUGCCGAGCUUGCUGGUAGUCUUCCUUUGGGUCUCAGUGUCUUGGGUUCAUCUCUAAAAGGAAGGGACAAAGAUGAGUGGGUGAAGAUGAUGCCUAGGCUUCGAAAUGACUCAGAUGAUAAAAUUGAGGAAACACUAAGAGUCUGCUACGAUAGGUUAAAUAAAAAAAAUAGAGAGUUAUUUAAGUGCAUUGCAUGUUUCUUCAAUGGUUUUAAAGUCAGUAACGUCAAAGAAUUACUUGAAGAUGAUGUUGGGCUUACAAUGUUGGUUGAGAAGUCCCUCAUACGUAUUACACCGGAUGGAGAUAUAGAGAUGCACAAUUUGCUAGAGAAAUUGGGUAGAGAAAUUGAUCGUGCAAAGUCCAAGGGUAAUCCUGGAAAACGUCAAUUUCUGACAAAUUUUGAGGAUAUUCAAGAAGUAUUGGCCGAGAAAACUGGGACAGAAAUUCUUCUUGGAAUACGUUUGCCACACCCGGGAUAUCUUACGACAAGGUCGUUCUUAAUAGAUGAAAAAUUAUUCAAAGGCAUGCGUAAUCUCCAAUAUCUAGAAAUUGGUUAUUGGUCAGAUGGGGAUCUACCUCAGAGCCUCGUUUAUUUGCCCCUUAAACUCAGAUUGCUAGAAUGGGUUUAUUGUCCGUUGAAGUCUUUGCCAUCUACUUUUAGGGCGGAGUAUCUAGUUAAACUCAUAAUGAAGAAUAGUAAGCUUGAGAAACUGUGGGAAGGAACUCUGCCCCUUGGAAGUCUCAAGAAGAUGAAUUUGUGGUAUUCCAAAUAUUUUAAAGAAAUUCCAGAUCUUUCUUUAGCCAUAAACCUCGAGGAAUUAAAUCUUUCUGAAUGCGAAUCUUUGGUGACACUUCCUUCCUCGAUUCAGAAUGCCAUUAAACUGAGGACGUUAUAUUGUUCGGGGGUGCUAUUAAUAGAUUUAAAAUCAUUAGAAGGCAUGUGUAAUCUCGAAUAUCUAUCAGUUGAUUGCUCACGUAUGGAAGGCACUCAGGGCAUCGUUUAUUUCCCUAGUAAACUCAGAUUGCUAUUGUGGAAUAAUUGUCCAUUGAAGCGUUUGCAUUCUAAUUUUAAGGUUGAGUAUCUGGUUAAACUCAGAAUGGAGAAUAGUGACCUUGAGAAGCUGUGGGAUGGAACUCAGCCACUUGGAAGACUCAAGCAGAUGUUUCUGCGUGGUUCCAAAUAUUUGAAAGAGAUUCCAGAUCUUUCUUUAGCCAUAAACCUCGAGGAAGUAGAUAUUUGUAAAUGCGAAUCCUUGGUGACAUUUCCUUCCUCGAUGCAGAAUGCCAUUAAACUUAUCUAUUUAGAUAUUAGUGAUUGCAAAAAGCUAGAGAGUUUUCCAACCGAUCUCAACUUGGAAUCUCUCGAGUACCUCAAUCUCACUGGAUGCCCGAAUUUGAGAAAUUUCCCAGCAAUCAAAAUGGGAUGUUCAGACGUUGACUUUCCGGAAGGGAGAAAUGAGAUCGUGGUAGAAGAUUGUUUCUGGAACAAGAAUCUCCCUGCUGGACUAGAUUAUCUCGACUGCCUUAUGAGAUGUAUGCCUUGUGAAUUUCGCCCAGAAUAUCUCGUUUUUCUCAAUGUGAGGUGCUACAAGCAUGAGAAGCUAUGGGAAGGCAUCCAGUCGCUUGGAAGUCUCGAAGAGAUGGAUCUGUCAGAAUCUGAAAACCUGACAGAAAUUCCAGAUCUUUCAAAGGCCACCAAUCUGAAGCAUUUAUAUCUCAACAACUGCAAAAGUUUGGUGACACUUCCUUCUACUAUUGGGAAUCUCCAAAAAUUGGUGAGGUUGGAAAUGAAAGAAUGCACAGGGCUGGAGGUUCUUCCAACCGAUGUCAACUUGUCAUCUCUCGAAACCCUCGAUCUCAGUGGUUGCUCAAGUUUGAGAACUUUUCCUCUGAUUUCAAAGAGUAUCAAAUGGCUCUAUCUGGAAAACACCGCCAUUGAAGAAAUUCUAGAUCUUUCAAAGGCCACCAAGCUCGAGUCUUUGAUACUCAACAACUGCAAAAGUUUGGUGACACUUCCUUCUACAAUUGGGAAUCUUCAAAAUUUGAGACGUUUGUACAUGAAAAGAUGCACAGGGCUGGAGGUUCUUCCAACCGAUGUCAACUUGUCAUCUCUGGGUAUCCUCGAUCUCAGUGGUUGCUCAAGUUUGAGAACUUUUCCUCUGAUUUCAACUAAUAUUGUAUGGCUCUAUCUGGAAAACACCGCCAUUGGAGAAGUUCCCUGCUGCAUUGAGGAUUUCACGAGGCUCCGUGUACUACUGAUGUAUUGUUGCCAGAGGUUGAAAAACAUCUCCCCAAACAUUUUCAGACUGAGAAGUCUAAUGUUCGCCGACUUUACAGACUGUAGAGGUGUCAUCAAGGCGUUGAGUGAUGCAACUGUGGUAGCGACAAUGGAAGAUCACGUUUCUUGUGUACCAUUAUCUGAAAACAUUGAAUAUACAUGUGAACGUUUCUGGGAUGCGUUGUAUGAUGAUGAUUAUAAGAACUACGUCGUAGAUUGGCGCUUACGUAGGGAAUCCUUUAGCUUCUGCAAUUGCUUCAAAUUGGAAAGAGAUGCGCGAGAACUUAUCCUACGAUCAUGCUUCAAGCAUGUGGCCUUACCAGGUGGAGAAAUCCCUAAGUAUUUCACGUAUCGAGCUUAUGGAGAUUCCCUAACUGUCACUUUACCUCAGAGCUCUCUUUCUCAAUACUUCUUUCCAUUUAAGGCUUGCGUCGUGGUUGAACCUCCCUCCGAGGGCAAGGGUUUUUAUCCAUCCUUGAAGGUAAAUGUUGGCUUCAAUGGCAAACAGUAUCAGAAAUCAUUUUUUGAAGAUGCAGACCUGCAGUUUUGUAAGACGGAUCAUCUGUUUUUCUGUUCCUUCAAGAUCUGGUCUGAAUGGAGUUUAAAUUUUGUUGCUCCAAUAGGAUCAAAGAAUGCGGUGUACGACUCUUGUAUGUCUAUCAAGAAACAGAGUACAACCAACAGACUACGAGAAGCGAGAAGCGGAUGGGGGUAUCUUUUGACUUUUGAUUAGAGCUGAAAAUUAUAAAGCUAUCUUUUGACUUUUGGUUUGAUUUUUCAGGAUCGAAACACCAUAGGGACAGACUAUUUAAUAGAAUCGAUCGUUUGAUUUAUAAUGCAGAUGACAUCGGGGACAUCUGAAGAAUAUAUCAACUUACCCUAUGGCCAAAUUGUAGCGGACUCAGGAUUGGCCGCUCUAAAUAUGGAGCUUUCGUUAGGGCAGGGAGAAGCAUCAUCAUCAACAUCUCUAGAGGGGGAAGCUUUGUGUGUUGAUUACAUGAUAACUGAAGAACAAGAUGAAGAAAUUCCUAUCUUGUCUACUGAUUCUGAUGAUGAAGAUCUUUAGGAGAACCAAAGUCCGUUACAUUAUCCAGCUCUGCGUUUGUUUUGAACAUUUCACUUUUCCUGAAAGAAUAAAUGUUUCAGAAAGCCAUACUUUAGCAUAUUCUGGAAAAACAUCUUUGGCAUUGUUUUGUUUUGUAAAAACAUAUUCUAUUUUUAAGAAAGACAUUGAAUUUGGGAGCGUACCUGCUUGAGUGCAGGUACUACCCAAAAUAGUCUUGCCUUUUUAAAACAUAGAUCUCAAUGUUUAUGUUAGUAAAGGUUGUUUUUCUCUUUAUUAGCAAUGAAUAAAUCAGACUUUGGGUACAGAAAACAACAAGAAUCAGCAACAUUUGCAUAUCCGCUGAUUCAAUAGCCAAAAGGCAGAAGCGUUUUUGGCCUAACUUCGGCCAAAGAUGUAACCAGCAUAAGGAACAAUCCUUCGGGUGAAGGAAAGAGCUUUUAAACUUUCUACAGGAGACAUUGUCUGGUCCACUUCCAAACCAUGAAGUAUCAUCCAGCUAUCCUACGUCGAUGAGAAAAUAUGUCGCUGCUGUUCCCCUAUGCCGCUGCACUCUUUAAUUAUAUCGAGAAGAGUGAAAGUUGUAGGCCUGAACUACUCACUAGAACAUCUAGGAUGGGAAGCUCAUUCUCUGGGGCUGUUCUUGACUGAAUUGGUUUGCUUCAGAUCUUUGCAUCAAGGGCCUAAAUAAAACGUAUGGUCUGAUGGGGACGACACCUUUCACUGCUGACCCUGAACAGUUAAGAUCUGCCUUGACUGAAUUCACACCAUCACAUUGUUAAGAUUCCUUUCCUGGAUCCUUAGCCGUCUCUACAGCUUAUCACAUUGUUAAGAUGAUGGAGCACUGACAACUAGAAAACUUUUAUGGUUCCAUGUCCAGAACAGCAGAACCACUCUGUUCUUACUUCUCUCUGUUUUGCUUCUUUGAAAAAUUCGCUUUCCUGAAAAGAUGUAAAUAUAACAGUCUUGUCUUUUGAAACACACAUAUCUCUCUACGUGUAUGUUACCAAA